AUAAAUCGUAUUUUUUAAUUUACAUAUAAUAUAAAUUAUCACACUAGUCUUAAUAAAUAUUGUAAAUGAUGGUUCAAUAACAGUGUGUAGAUACUACCGCCACCAUGUAGAUAAUUAUUCGAACUGAUGUGCACUAACCUACUCGAAUUUAGCGGAACGCAUCAAUAUGGCCACCGGUAGCUGGCUCAUGUUCCCGGUCGUUAAUUAUUUAAAUAGUUUCAAAGAACGUGCGAAUAUAUUGAAAUAAACACUUCUGCAAAAUGAAUAUGUCAGUGGAAAAAAAGAAAUAUCCAUCGGCACUGCCAACAAAUUGGCCGUCCAGAGAAGAGGCUUCGAGAAAAAGCCAAAAUCAAUUGUCAUCUACUGGAAAAGUUGACGUUUAUUAUUACAGUCGCGGAGUCAGAAAUGAUGCAUCGUUAGUACCACCGAUAAGACAAACAGCAUCUAUAUUUAAGCAACCAGUAACUAUUUAUAAGACGCAGGAAGGAAAAGUAAAAGAUAUUAAGCAUGGAAAUCAAGAAAAACCCAAACAAGAAGGAGCCGAUAAAAUUGAUGGCAAAUAUGGCUCCCAAGAUAAGCCUAAACAGUUAUUUUGGGAAAAACGUUUGGAAGGUUUAAGAGCAUGUGAUCCAGACGGAUUUGAAUUCGAUGGAAUGGAUUUACCAAAAAGUUUGAAGCCAGUUGGUCCGUAUAUUACGGAAGAAACUUUGCUUCAAAGCGUUGCAACUGCAUUACACGUUUCGUCUCAACCAGUCACGGGACAAACGGGUUCGAAGACAGCUUUAGAGAAAAAUCCCGGGGUAUUUCUUAAUCCCGAUCAACCCCUCGUACAGGCCGUCUCGAUAGCUGACGAAGACAUAAAGAGGCAAGAGGAUCGAGUUGCUCUAGCAAGGAAAAAGCUACAAGACGCUUUACGAUCUAUUCCUAUAUAAAUUGUACAAUUCUUUUAGAUAUUUAUAUUAAUUCCCUCACCCUAGUCCUAAGUUCGUUAUAAAUUAUACAUCAUCCUGAUUUUUAUAAUAAAUGUUUUAUAAAGAAAGAAAAAUAA